AUGGACUCGCCAAUUGUGACUCAAGUUCUGAGGCGGCUGUUCAGUUGUUCGAGCUGCCGGUCGUCUCAGUCACGCGCUUUGCUUCCGCUUCGUAUCAACGCCAGUCCCGGUUCCCAACGACGGCUUCACCGAAGGCAUGGGGGAGAUGACGCUCGUCAGCGUGAGAGCUAUUGGCAGCAACGUACAGAUGUGCUAUCGGGAGAUAAAACCGAAGAAUUUCAGAAAUAUCCAAUGGUGACAGCAGAAGAGCUCCAAAGCCGACGGGAGCGGCCGAGGCGGGUCAAAAUGUUGUUGAGAGACUUUAUAGAUGACAGCCUUUAUAAUCCGCAUUACGGAUACUUCUCUAAAGAAGCCGUCAUUUUCAGCCCCGGUGACCCAUUCGAUUUCAACCGCAUGAAAGACGAGCCCGAGUUCCAUCGUCUGCUCGGGCAGCGCUACACAGAGUUUGAAGACAAGUUAGACCAGGAAGCAUACAAUCCUACAAGACAGCUCUGGCAUACGCCUACGGAGCUAUUUAGGCCAUAUUACGGAGAGGCCAUUGCGCGCUAUCUCGUGACCAACUACAAGCUAUCGCUCUACCCGUACCACGAUUUGAUUAUAUACGAAAUGGGCGCCGGAAAUGGGACCAUGAUGCUCAACAUUCUCGACUAUAUCCGAGAUAUAGAUCCAGACGUAUACGCAAGAACCCAAUAUCGUAUCAUUGAGAUUUCGUCGGCGCUGGCGUCGAUACAGCAGUCUCAUUUGGCCAAGACGGCAUCAAACCGAGGACAUGCUUCCAAGGUAAACAUUAUAAACAAGUCCAUUUUCUCCUGGAACCGAUACGUCCAGUCGCCUUGCUUCUUUCUAGCACUCGAGGUUUUCGACAACUUUGCCCAUGAUGCCAUCCGGUACGAUCCUGUCACCGAGAGCCCACUGCAAGGAACCGUGCUUAUCGACAACGAUGGCGAAUUCUACGAAUUCUACUCCCCCAUCACCGACCCUCUUGCGGCGCGUUUUCUCCACGUUCGUCGCACCGCAUGUGAUGGACAUUAUAAUCAUCCUCUAAGAGGGCCGCGCUUCCUCAGGAAUCUGCGCCAGGGUCUGCCGUUUUCAGAAAACCUCUCUGUCGCCGAAUACAUCCCCACGCGGCUCCUCCAGUUCUUCGACAUUUUAAAUGAUUAUUUCCCUGCCCAUCGUCUUAUUGUCAGCGACUUUCACACUCUGCCGGAUACCAUCAGAGGUAUCAACGCUCCAGUCGUGCAAACUCGCUAUGAGCGACGAACUGUGCCAGUCACUACUCCAUUGGUCAAACAAGGCUACUUCGAUAUUCUCUUCCCGACCGAUUUCAGCGUCAUGGAGGACGUGUACCGCGCCGUGACGGGUAAACUCACCCGCAUGAGUACCCACGAGGACUUUCUCCGCCGCUGGGCCUUUGUGGACGAUACUACCACGCGGUCGGGAGAGAAUCCCAUGCUGUCAUGGUAUAAGAACGCCUCCGUUAUGGCCACUUUGUAG